UGGCUCCCACUGCUUACAAACAACUCACGAGUCGACAUAUCUGGAACGCGAUUGGGCGGUAGACGUUGUUCGUCAGAUAAUUCUUUCUCUGGCCAGCCAAUCACGUGGUGACUUCUGCUCUACGUUCCAGACUUUGAGAUCUGGAGACCACGCCCCCUGAGUCCGGCGCCUGCGCGUCCCACCUUUCCGGUCAGUUGCCGGUGACACCGGAGGGCGGAGGGAACGCUACGGCAGCCGGAUGGCUUCUUUUCAAAGAUCUAAUAGUCAUGACAAGGUUCGUAAGAUUGUGGCAGAAGAAGGGCGUACUGCCAGAAACCUGAUAGCCUGGAGCGUCCCUCUGGAGAGCAAAGAAAGUGAAGGAAAAGCCAAAUGGCCAUGUGGAAAACUGAAGAGAGGAGCCCAUGGAACGCACAAACCUCCUAAACCGAAUAGCUCGUUACACUGCAAAUUGAGUGUUAACUCUGCAAAUGACAAAAGUCAAUAUAAAAGCCCAUCCAAAACAAGGCUUCCUCGGAAAGUGGAUCUUCGUGCAAGAUAUUGGGCAUUUCUCUUUGACAAUCUCCGGAGAGCUGUCGAUGAAAUCUAUGUAACUUGUGAAUCAGACCAGAGUGUUGUUGAAUGCAAGGAAGUGUUAAUGAUGCUUGACAACUAUGUGCGGGAUUUUAAGGCCCUUAUUGAUUGGAUCCAGCUACAGGAAAAGUUGGAGAAAACAGACGCUCAGAGCAGACCUACCUCAUUGGCAUGGGAAGUGAAGAAAAUGUCUCCUGGACGCCAUGUCUUGCCUAGUCCGUCAUCUGAAAGAGUGAGCUCCACUUCAAGUGCAAGGAGGACACUCAAUUUUGGAGGUCCUACACUCACGUUGACUGCCGGACGUUUGACUCAUUCAGGUGUCAGCUGGGCUGAUAAAGUGAAAGCAAACCAUGGAGUUUCUGGAAGUAAUCCGGCCCCAGAGAUUGUUCAUCCAUGUACAUCCGACCAGAUGCAGAGAGCGCUGCACGAGAAUGAUAGGAUCGAUGCUGAAGGAUGGGAAACUGUUCAGCGUGGCAGACCUAUUCGUGCCAGAUCCUCUGCUGUGACUAUCAAGUCUGAUCCCCCUUCAGCUCCGGAGCAUAAACUAAAGGAUGACAGUGACAAGGAAAAUAUUUGUUCCAAACUUCCAGUUAAAGCCCUUGAAAAGACUGUCAAAUCAGAGCUCCCUCCUGUACUUGUUGAACCUCCCACGAAGGAGUUGCUUUGUCCAUGUGAAAUUCCGCUGACAGAGAUCACUCAGUUCACAGUCCACAAGGCAUUAGAGGAGAUAAAGAGCACAGGAACCUUUGCACCACAGACAACCCCAUCCCUGCCCUGUCUGGACAUCCCUGUUGUGUUUCUGGACCCACUGUCUAAGCUGAGAAAGUCUGAGGUCACCUGCACCAUCGACCCCACAGGGGAAGGGAGGAGCAGUAGUGAUCUGGACCUUUCAAACGUGAGUGCUGGAAAAUUGUCUAUGGCAGAGGUUCUUGCAAAAAAAGAAGAACUUGCAGACCGUCUGGAGAAAGCCAAUGAAGAGGCCAUAGCCAGUGCUAUAGCAGAAGAAGAGCAACUAACCAGAGAGAUUGAGGCUGAAGAAAAUGACAUUGAAAUAGACAAUGAAAGCGAGUUCUCGGCUAGUAUAGGCAGUGGGAGCAUGUCAUUUAGUGGGAUGUCCAUGGAUUGGAAUGAGGUUUUAGCAGACUAUGAAGCACGAGAGUCUUGGAGACAGAACACAUCCUGGGGAGACAUAGUAGAAGAGGAACCCUCUAGACCACCAGGUCAUGGAAUCCAUAUGCAUGAAAAGCUCUCUUCCCCUUCCAGAAAAAGGACAAUUGCUGAAUCCAAAAAGAAGCAUGAAGAGAAACAACUAAAAGCACAACAGCUGAGAGAGAAGUUGAGAGAAGAAAAAGCUUUUAAGCUUCAGAAACUUCUAGAAAGGGAAAAGGAUGUGCGAAAGUGGAAGGAGGAAUUACUAGAGCAGAGACGCAAAAUGAUGGAUGAAAAGUUGCUUCAUGCAGAAUUUAAGCGGGAUGUUCAGUUACAAGCCAUUGUGAAGAAGGCUCAGGAAGAGGAAGCCAAGGUAAAUGAAAUUGCCUUCAUCAAUACCUUAGAAGCACAGAACAAGCGCCAUGAUGUCCUAGCUAAGUUAAAGGAGUAUGAGCAAAGGCUUAAUGAGCUGCAAGAAGAACGUCAGCGUAGACAGGAAGAGAAGCAAGCUCGUGAUGAAGCUGUACAGGAACGUAAGCGGGUGCUAGAAGCAGAACGUCAGGCUCGUGUUGAGGAGCUGUUAAUGAAGAGGAAAGAGCAGGAAGCUCGAAUAGAAAUGCAAAGGCAAGAAAAGGAGCGAGCACGAGAGGAUGCAGCUAGGGAAAGAGCUAGGGACAGGGAAGAAAGGUUGGCCGCUCUGACAGCAGCCCAGCAAGAGGCUAUGGAGGAGCUGCAAAAGAAGAUCCAGUUAAAGCAUGAUGAAGGUGUUCGCAGACACCUAGAACAAAUAGAACAACGAAAAGAAAAAGCAGCAGAGCUGAGCAGUGGACGGCAUGCAAACACAGACUAUGCACCUAAACUUACCCCGUAUGAACGGAUAAAGCAGUGCACUCUCUGUGGAGUAUCGAUCUCUUCUGAGGUUUAUCUGUUCAGUCAUAUUAAAGGAAAAAAGCACCAGUUGACCGUACGAGAAAACAGCAGCAUCCAGGGUCGGGAAUUAUCAGAUGAAGAGGUGGAACAUCUUUCUCUGAAAAAAUAUAUUGUGGAUGUUUUGGUUGAGACACCUAUUCCUGUAGAACCUGUAAAGGAUGGUGAAGAGAAGCAAAAAAAUAAAAAGAAAGUUAAAAAGCUGAAGACCCGGAUUAAUUCAAAAGUGAAAGAAUAUGAGAGUGUUCUGGAAACAAAAACUCCUGUGUCUGAUUCUCCAUACAAAGCUAAGCUACAGCGACUAACCAAAGAUGUUCAGAAACAGUUACAAAUACAAGAUAAUGGAUCCUGGGCUACCAAUAAAGUGUCUGCUCUUGACAGGACAUUGGGGGAAAUUUCUCGAAUCCUAGAGAAGCAGAAUGUUUCUGACCAAAUAUUGUUUCGGGCUGCUGGUGGACUAUCAGUAAUGGAACAGAUCCUGCAAAUGGUCACACCGCUAGGUAAUUCAAGCUCAUCUUUACGGGUCCCUCUCAAGUCUGUCUGCAAUGCUGUGAAUAUCUACAUGUUAACCUGCAAUAACAGUCCAGAAAAUUGCACUUAUGUCCUUAUGAGCAGUAAAAUCACGUUUCUUCUUGAGCUUCUUAUACAACAGUUGUCGCUAGUUGUUCCAGAUGAUGAAAAGUCGACUAUCAUAAAGAGCCUCAACAAGCAGAUCUUUGAUGGUUUGACCACUGGACUUCUUCAGCUGCUCUCUAAAAUAUUUUCAUACCUGACAACCAUUUCUCCAGGAGGAAGUGGGCAGACUGACACCAUAAAAAUAAAGGCCGAUGCCAAAACUAAAUUGUCUCCAGCUGAUGCCUUUACCGGUCGUAUCCAAGAUAUCAUCAGUUACACAAUUAAUAUUGGUCUAAUCGACAAGCUGUCUGGCUGCUUCAUCUCUAUACAAGGUCCUCUUGAUGAGAGUCCUAAAGUGGCAGCAUUCCUUCAAGCAGCAACUACCCUGCUGCAUGAACUUUGCAGACUUUCUAUUUCUAUAACUCCAAGCUCUUGGGACAUAUUUGAAAGCAGUCAGGAUCCCACAGGCCUGUCAGCGGCCCUUCAGAGCUCAGAUCUUGUCGGAGUUGUGCAUAUGUUGUAUUGUUCACUGUUCCACAAUUCCUCCUCUGAACCCAAUGUUUCCAGCUCCAAAGAGACCUAUGAGCAGAAUACUAUUCAAGUGGCAGUACAAAGCUUGCGCUUUCUUAACAGUUUUGCUACACUUCAUCUCCAGUCAUUUCAGUCUGUUGUAGGUGCAGAGGGCCUCUCUCUUGCUUUUCGACAUGUGAUCAGUUCCCUGAUUUGGUUUUGCACCCAGUACACCUGUGAAGAUCUUCUUCAUGAGAUCAUUGUAUGUGUUGGGUACUUCACAGUGAACCAUGCUGACAAUCAGGUCAUUGUCCAGUCUGGCCGUCACCCUACUGUCCUUCAGAAACUCUGCCAGCUCCCCUUCCAGUAUUUUAGUGACUCCCGGCUGGUCCGGCUCCUUUUUCCCACAUUGAUCUCCGCCUGCUACAACAACCUACAAAACAAACUGAUUCUGGAACAGGAGUUAAGCUGUCAGCUGCUCGCUACUUUUAUUCAGGACUGUUUGCAAGGAUCAAGUCAUCCCGACAGCAAGACGUCUCUGUACAAAGAUUAUAGGCAGCAGUAUUUGGAAUUCUCCUGCCGCUUUCCACAUCAUUGCUGGGAACCCUCACAACUAUUUUUCUUAAAAAAAGACUAAGUUUCUAAUAGCCAUUUCUUUUUAGCCUUUUAAUAUGAAAGAAUUGCUUCAGGAUCUUGGCCUCUCAUAUUGUACACAGGAUUGUGAUGCCGUGUAAUAUUGUGCUGCGUGUACAAAUGCCUCCAUAUGUUCCAUGUGCACUAUUUAUAUGUCCAGUGUGUAGAUACUGUGUGCUGUGAGAUUUUGCCCGCAUGCUAAGUUGGCUGAUCCAUUUUUAUUCACUGCUCACUGCCGAAGGAUUCACAUCUUGCCCUUUGUUUAGUUGUGAGUUGUGAUCGUUUGGCAGUGGCCAAUAACUGUAAUAAAGUUAAUAUGUAUGUUACAUAUAAAUAUAUAUAUAUUGCAAUAAAAUAACUUAUUUUCA